CUCCCUUGUCCUUAAACCAGUUUUUCUCGUCUCACAAUUUAAAUAGAAGGUAAAAACCAUGGCUCCAAGAUCAAAAACAAAUCCGAUUAACCCGAGUCCCGAUCCGACUUCUAAGGAGAUCCGUUACCGCGGCGUUAGAAAGCGCCCUUGGGGCCGUUACGCAGCUGAGAUCCGAGACCCAAGAAAAAAGACCCGAGUCUGGCUCGGCACCUUCGACACAGCUGAGGAAGCAGCGCGUGCAUACGACGCGGCGGCACGGGAGUUCCGUGGCGCUAAAGCCAAAACAAAUUUCAUGGACAACAACGACUUUACGCGCAGCCCCAGCCAGAGCAGCACCGUGGAGUCUUCUUCUCCGCCGCUGGACCUCACUCUCUCCAGCGCAUGUUUUUCGCUCCCCGUCACGGCUCAUCGUCCUGUGUUUUUCUUCGAUGCCUUUGCUUCUGCUGGUAAGGGUUGCCCCGAUUCUGGUGGGGCCCAGAGCGAUUCGGAUUCGUCGUCGUCGGUUGUCGAUUUUGAAGGAGGCUUGCAACGAGGAGUGUUUGUUCUUGAUCUUAAUCAAUUGCCACCUGAGAUGGAUUGAUUUUUUUUCUUGCGAAUGUCUCUUUGAGC